UUGUGUCUCGCUUCACUCGUCAUGAGUUCAGCAGCAGAUUGACUUCAAUUGAAAAUAAGGCGUAGAACAGUAAAGCAGCGGUUAAUAUUGCUAUGGCAACAACGACGUUUCUGAUUGGCUGAAAUCCCGUGCUAAAAAAUAAUGGAACUAGUUACAGGAAAAAUAAGGUCGUUUUUGCUCUUAAACGCAGAGCUGCUAGUGUGCUAGAGUUUACAUCCGGGAAUCUGUGUAUUUGGAGAAACCUCGUUUUUGUUUGUUUUAUUUGCUAGAGGGCAGUUCUUAGGCGUAAAGGGGAGAAAAAGCAGCUUGAUUUUUUUCAGCAUGCAGUCCUUCUCGCACGAGCUGCAGAAUUUCUCUCGAGCGCGCCUCAAAAAACAGAGCACGCGCAUCACUACAGCAACCGGGAAGGUCCUUGUGGAAACGCGAAGCGCCGACGACGGUUAUAUAACAGUAGUCGCAGAGGAGAGCGCCGCCUGCGGGUUUGUCCAAGAUAUGUGUUUAGACCUUCAGGUGGGAGUCAUUACUCCCUUUCUCCUGCUCUCCUCACAAGAUGCCGCGAGUGACAUUGAGACUUUGAAAAAGUUCAAGGUAACUCACGUGUUGAAUGUUGCCUACGGAGCAAUGAAUUCCUUCCCUGAGCAGUUUAUCUAUAAAAAUGUGUCCAUGUUGGAUCUGUCAGAGACAAAGCUCACCUCCUACCUUCCACAGUGCUUUGAGUUCAUUGAUGAGGCCAGAAAACAGGAUGGAGUCGUGUUGCUCCACUGUAACGCGGGUGUGUCCCGCUCUGCCUCGAUCGCCAUCGCUUAUCUGAUGGCGAACGAGAAGAUUCCGUUUGACGAUGCGCUUAACCGAGUCAAAUCAGCGCGACCUUCAGUACAGCCGAAUGCUGGAUUCCUCGUUCAGCUGAAGGAAUAUCAACCGUGAUUCACAAUGAUCACUUACUGCCGUUGCAGCUCUUUAUGCAGUUUGGACAUUUCAAAUUUAACACUUGUAUUUAAUACUCAGAUUUCUGUAAACUGCAGCAAGCUGAAACGACAUGUUAACAGCAACUGCAGAACUGCUGGUUCAGAUAAUUCAUAUAUAGAUUUUGUGUAUGAAUUAACAACUUAAUGAAAAGAUUUAAGUUUUACUCGUGUUUGAAUCCACAUUAGCUAUGGUAGAUUUUAGGUUGCAACAUUAAUAAGGACUCAAGCCAGCAGCAUCUGUUACAUUUGAUCUGAGAUAGCUUGCUGAUAUGAUCUUUGUCUUGCAUCUUGAAUAAAAAAAAU